CGUGACCGACCCGCAGCGGAACCGCUGGGGAAGAAGGGGGUGAUGGAGGAGCAGAAGCCUCUGCGAUUCAAGAAGAGGGAGACCGAGGUGUAUGUUGGCAACCUUCCUCUGGACAUCUCUGAGGAGGAGAUUCGGUACCUGCUGAAGGACUUCAACCCUCUCCGUGUCCAUAGGGUCCAGAGUGGCUACAGAUGCUUCGCGUUUGUGGACCUGGGCUCCGUGCACAGAGUGGCGCUGGCGAUCCAGGAGCUGAAUGGGAAGCUCUUCCACAGCCGGAAACUGUACGUGAAUUCCAGCAGACGCUCUCCCAAGCGGCCGCCUGACGGGGCCCAGAGGCCCCAGGAGCUGCAGGUGUCGCAGCGGCCUUCCUGUCGAGGGUUUGCCGAAAUCACUGCUUAUUUCCAGCUCACCCCCAAAGCUCCCGGUGACCCCCGAGAGACAGCGAGACGGAGGACACCCUUAUUUGCAGUCCCCAUGGAAAUGAGAGGCUCCUUCCUGGUGCCGCUCCUGAGGGAAUGCUUCCGCGACCUGGGCUGGCUGGCCACCAUCUGCCACACGGGCGGGGACGUGGGGCUGCUGGUGACCAGUAUUGUCCCUCGGACCCCGUUCUUCUGGGCCAUGCACGUCACGGAGACUCUGCACCAGAACAUGCAGGUGCUCUUCAGCACCCUGGCCGAGGCGGAGGGGCAGCAGCCCUACCUGCAGGACGCAGCCGUGCAGCGCGGGGCCCGCUGCCUGGCCGAGUACCACCUGGGCACUUACGGCUGGGCCUGGAACAGGUGCUGGGUAGUGGACAGGGUGGAUACCUGGGCUGUGGUCCUGUUCGUCGACUUUGGGCAGUCGGCCACCGUCCCGGUGCAGUGUCUGCGCAGCCUGGAUAGUGAUGACUUCUGGACCAUCCCCCCCCUGACUCAGCCUUUCAUGCUGAGGAAAGGCACUCUGAGUUCCUAUCAGCAGACCCAUCACAUCCUCAAAGGGAGAAUCACCGGCGCUUUGAACUUGGAGCCACAAAUCCUGAAGUUCGAAGAGUUAAGAUGAUGUGGCUGGCAUCAGCUCCCUCCCUCCUUUAUGUAUUCUUCGUGCCCCCUCCCCCCUCCCCUCCCCCUGCCUGCCCUGACCUGUGUCCCCCUUCCACUCGCAAGGCCACACUGGUGCCCAGGAUUGAUUUGCAUUUGCCUUUACCCUCAGUUCCCCUCAGAAAAGUCUCAGAUUUGUCAUGUGCCUUCAGUUCCCCACCCAGCACGGACAUUUGAACCAAACCUAGAAAGCCUACAUGGGAAGCUUCAGGCGGCCAUGUAUUUAUUUUCUGUCUUUUGUGUGUGCCCCCAGAGCACGAUAUAAAUUGCUCUCACAGAUUCUGGAGAUUCUGGAGAAUGGAAGGGCCCCCUGCUUUCUUUUCCGGGGAUUCCAUGGUAGAACCAGGUGGGGAACACUGAACCAGUGAGCCAUCCCCAUGGAGAAUAAACGUUGGCACGGUUCACGA